AUGCCGUCGUACAUCGUACUCCCCGACCUCCCAGCGCACUGCCCUUUCGAGGUUCGCCUCAAUCCUCACAUGGAAACCGCCGGCCGUGAAUCAGAGGAUUGGGUCGUCGAUGGAGGCAACCUCGGCGCCAAACACGCCGCCAAGCUUCGCGGCGUCAAAGCACGCCUGCUCACUGCUGGUUGCUACCCUGAUGCGGACUUCGACGAGUUCCGCCUGUGCUGUGAUGUCAUGAACUGGCUAUUCCAUUACGACAAUCUCACCGACGAUAUGGACCAAGCUGGAGCCCGCAAUGCGGGAGACAUAGUAAUGGACACUAUGCUUCAUCCAGACACAUACAUAUCCGAUUCUCGCAUCGGCAAGCUGACCAGGAGCUUCUGGCUACGAUUCCUCAAGAUCGCAUCUCCUGGCGCGCAGAAACGUUUCAUUGACACGACUCGCUCAUUCCUUGCGGCUAUCGAGCAAGAAGCGCGUGACCGGAGGGCCGGUGUCAUCCCCGAUCUCGAGUCGUACAUCCAACAACGGAGGCAUACCGGCGGCGUGCUGCCGUGUUUCAUUUUAGCAGAAUACGCCAGUCACCUCACCCUCCCAGAUGAAGUCGUGGAGCAUCCUGUUCUCAAGAAUAUGGCCGACGCCUCCAACGACUUCGUAUGCUGGUCCAACGAUCUAUUCUCUUACAAUGUCGAGCAAGCCAGAGGCGAUACCCACAACAUCGUCAUCGUCGUCAUGAGGGAGCAGAACCUCGACCUCCAGUCCGCUAUCGACGUCGUUGGGGAGAUGUGCAAAUCCACAAUCGACCGUUUCCUUGAGAACCAGGCGCUCCUGCCGUCGUGGGGCCCGGAAAUAGACGCUCAGCUGGUCCCAUACGUAGCGUGCAUGGCUGAUUGGAUCGGCGGCAGCUUGAACUGGUCCUACGAGAGCGACCGCUACAUGGGCGGCAAAUCCGAAGAGGUCAAAAGGACUCGCAUUGUCCAACUGUUGCCUAAGAAGGUCUGA